AUGGCGAAGAUAGAGACAGUCGUGUUUCUAUCUUUGGUGCUAGACUUAUUUGCGUUCACAAUCCCUCUACCCCUCUUUCCACGUCUCAUUGAAUGGUAUACACUGAGGGAGUCUUCGAAUCCAACUGGCUUUCUUUCCCGAACGUUGCAGUUUGUGUCUUCAGUGAGAGGAACAUUCUACAAGCCCGACACCCACCAUCAGAGAUGGGAUGUCGUACUGUUAGGUGGUGGUUUAAUAGGAUCUGUUUUCUCGACACUCCAAUUCUUCGUUUCACCGAAAAUUGGUGCACUGUCCGAUAAAUAUGGGCGGAAACGUAUCCUCCUGAUCACCAUGAUUGGCAACAUCUUGUCUGCGGUAGUUUGGAUACAGUCAACUACAUUUGCGACCUACAUGCUUUCUCGCGUCAUUGGCGGGCUUAGCGAGGGGAAUGUGCAACUGGCAAUUGCUAUUCUUUCAGAUGUGACAUCACCGGCCAACCGAUCCAAGGCUCUGGCUCACGUUGGCAUCGCAUUUGCGAUCUGCUUCUGCAUUGGGCCUCCAAUCGGGGCCUACUUUGCCUCUCGACCCGUUCCCAGCAACUCUUGGGGCCCGGAGUUGAACAUAUAUGCUGCACCUGCCAUUCUGUCACUUGUACUUCUUGUCGCAGAAACGGCCUUCCUCAUGAUUGCGCUUCCUGAGACACUUGGGAAGGGCGCACCUGGAGAAGAGAAAACACGGCUAUCGAAUGGCAAAGAUGACUCCAAGCCAUUAAAUAAAUACCCCUUUGAGAUGCGUAUUAAAAUUCUCAAAGAUCUACGCACCCUCCACUUCUUAUUUUUGGUGCUCUUCUCGGGCAUAGAAUUUACGCUGACAUUCCUCACGUUUGAUUUGCUGGAUUGGAAUAAUGUGCAGAACGGCAAACUCAUCGGCUCCAUCGGCGUUGUCAGUGCCCUUCUUCAAGGCGGCUAUGUCCGCCGCUCAAUUUCAAAGGUUGGCGAAGGUAAUAUGGCGCGAAGGGGCGUGUCGAGCUGUGCAAUCGCACUGGUCUUCCUUGCGAUUCUCCCUCAUUAUGUUGGAACCAAUCCAUCAAUAUCCAUGAAACUUCUCCAAGCCGCGGCGAUAUGCAUGGCUUUUACAAGUGCAACCGUCGUCAAUUCCUUAACGGCUUUUGCCUCUUUGCAGUGUGACGACGACUUAAGUGCGGAUAUUGGUAAAAAGGGGCACCCAAAAAUAGCGAAGGGCAAAGCGCUUGGGGAGUUCAGGUCGUCGGGACAACUUGGGCGUGCAAUUGGACCUUUGUUGGCUUGUGCCUCAUACUGGACAUUUGGCCCAUCACUGACAUACGCAGCUUCUGCAGCUGCCAUGGUUGCUUUAUCGUUCAACAUGAAGUCAAUAGCAGCGGCUAAAUCUGUCAUGGACGAAUGA